CACCCAGCAGUUGGCGUGAGGGGCUGCAGGAGCUUGGGGGCCAGUGGCAGGAACGAGCCUCUUCCGACCCCAUGGAGCUGUAUGAGACACCCCCCUACUUCUACCAGGAGCCCCACUUCUACGACGGGGAAAACUACCUGCCCGUCCACCUCCAGGGCUUCGAGCCGCCGGGCUACGAGCGGACUGAGCUCAGCCUGAGCCCCGAGGCCCGGGGGCCCCUCGAAGACAAGGGGCUGGGGACCCCCGAGCACUGCCCGGGCCAGUGCCUGCCGUGGGCGUGCAAGGCGUGUAAGAGGAAGUCCGUGUCCGUGGACCGGCGGCGGGCGGCCACGCUGAGGGAGAAACGCCGGCUCAAGAAGGUGAACGAGGCCUUCGAGGCCCUGAAGCGGAGCACCCUGCUGAACCCCAACCAGCGGCUGCCCAAGGUGGAGAUCCUGCGGAGCGCCAUCCAGUACAUCGAGCGCCUGCAGGCCCUGCUCAGCUCCCUCCGCCAGGAGGAGCGCGGGCUGCGCUGCCCGCGGGGCGGCCCCCCGGCGGGGCAGGUACCCAGUGAAUGCAGCUCCCACAGCGCCUCCUGCAGUCCAGAGUGGGGCAGCGCCCUGGAGUUCGGCCCCAACCCAGGGGACCAUCUGCUCCCAGCGGACCCUGCCGACGCCCACAACCUGCACUCGCUCACCUCCAUCGUGGACAGCAUCACCAUGGAGGACGUCUCUGUGGCCUUCCCGGAUGAGACCCUGCCCAACUGAGGUGGUCUGCGGCCGGCGGCCAGGGGCCCACAGGCUGGCCACAGAUGCCGUCACUGG